CGGAGACGCCGACAGCCCCGUAUCAAAAACAAGCAGCUAAGUAGCGUUAGCUCGCAGCAACGCUAUCUGCAGACCAACAGUUGGCCCGCAGCUGGCUGCUCGGCACUUUAACUUCUGGAAAACAACUCUCCCAGCAGAACCAAGUCAACACCUCUGGCCCGAACUACUUUCGUUUAACAGUCAUGGCGUGUGGAGCCACCCUGAAGAGAACCAUGGAAUUUGAUCCACUGAUGAGCCCCGCGUCCCCCAAAAGACGGAGAUGCAUCCCGGUGGCCCCAUCGGCUUCCUCCCCGAGGCGGUACCUCAGCCUGGAGCCCUCGCCAUUUGGAGAGUCGUCGUCCAGACUCAGCGCAAGUAAAAGCUCCGGCCUCCGGAAUGACCAGUUUAACGGUCAACCGGUGACUCUUGUUGUUCUUCUCUGUUUUGUUUCUGUGUCUUUGAUUGAAUCGCCAGAACAAAUCCUGAACAACAUAAAACAGGAGUACAAACGUAUUCAGAAGAGGAAACAUCUAGAUGGAGGCUACCAACAACCAGAGUGCUGCUACUCUCCAGAAUCCCCCUCCCAGUUAUCCAUGAAUGUAUCCAGCAUGCCAGGCGGCGUCUCUCCGACCAGAAAAGAACAGCCGCUCUUCACGCUCAGGCAAGUUGGGAUGAUCUGUGAACGCUUGCUCAAAGAACGAGAAGACAAGGUGCGGGAGGAAUACGAGGAGACCAUGACUUCAAAACUGGCAGAACAAUACGACACCUUCGUGAAGUUCACACACGACCAGCUAAUGCGGCGGUUCGGGGAGCAGCCUGCCAGCUAUGUUUCCUGAGUGUGGCACCGAACCGUCCUCCUGCUGCAAGCUGUCAUGUGAUAUCUCAAAGAAAAGAAAAGUUCUCAUCCCAAGAGAUUUAAUUUAGCUAGUUUAAAUGAAACUUUUCUGACCGUGCCAUAUAUCCGUCUCUGGGCGACGGCGUGAAGCGGCGGCUAGCAGCUAGCAGCUAGCAGCUUCCUGGUGUAAAUUAAUGGACCCUAUCUCUACGAGUGGCCUCUGUUCCCAGUUAUCUCACUUUUUGUAUCGAUUCCCAGCAUUCCAGGCUUUGUCUGUUGUUUCUGUUACGUGUAAAUACAAAAGAGGCGCUGGAGAGUUUUACAAGGUUUGCUGGUCAAUCUGAAAGGAAGUCUGUUUUUCAGCCGUUUGUCCCUCAUUUAUUGCUUUUUAAAUUAAACACAGUAGGUAACUUCUGUUUUUCUUUGGUUUUAUUCCCACCAGUGUCUGUAUUUAUUUGAAGUUUCUUUUUCCCAGCUGGUAUCAAUUUGCAACCGAUGUACUUUAGUGGAGGAAAAACAAACAAAAAAACCAAUAAAUCGAGAGUUGAGAAUCUUC